GAGGUUGAGAUUGGAUCAUAUCCACCAGGAACAAGUGGAAGGUAGAGACGAGAGAGAGAGAGAGAGAAAGAGAGGGAAUCUGAGAAAUGGGCAUGCAAUUAAGGGCUACCUGUUAUCAAAAUCAUCAAAAUGGUUCAUUGAUACCACCAACAUUGUCGACGUCGCUGCUGUCAUUUUCUCCGGCAAUUUCAUCGCUAUCCAAGACCCAUUUCGUUCAAAACAAAGUGGUUGUUUUAGAAAGGUGUCUUGGUUUCAAUCACAAUGAUGGGAGAGGUAUAAUUAGCAACAUAGGAGGAAUAAAAGGAAGAAGAAGAAGAGUAGAACAUGCGGUGGUGGCGUCAUCGAGCAACGUGGCGGCACCGUUCUGGGAUGAUUGGAAACCUGGGAAGCGGCCUGCAGCUCCUUCCCUCAGCGAUGUCCUCUGGCCUUCUGCAGGGGCAUUCGCAGCAAUGGCGGUAUUGGGGAAAUUGGAUCAGGCUUUCGCCUCAAAAGGGAUUUCAAUGACGAUUGCACCUUUGGGGGCUGUUUCUGCCGUUCUCUUCGCCGCUCCCUCCUCUCCCGCUGCCCGGAAGUACAAUAUGUUCAUGGCUCAAAUUGGUUGUGCCGCCAUUGGUGUACUGGCUUUCUCUAUGUUUGGGCCUGGAUGGCUUGCUAGGAGCAUUGCCCUGGCCGCCUCCAUUGCCUUUAUGAUCUACACGGGUGCCACUCACCCACCAGCUGCAAGCUUGCCUAUUGUGUUCAUUGAUGGAGCUAAGUUUCACCACUUGAAUUUCUGGUAUGCUUUGUUCCCUGGCGCCAGUGGAUGCUUCCUUCUUUGUUUGAUUCAGGAGAUGGUGUUAUACUUGAAAAACAACUUCAAAUUUUGAUCUGAAUUUCACGGCAUAUUGUCAAAUUCUUGUUCCAAAGAAUGGCUCCUAUAGAGAAAAAUGGAAGCUUGGGCAGGCAGCUAUUUACACAAUGUGAUGUUAUAUGAUUUGUAUAGAGGUUGCAACCUUCAUCUUUAAGAAGGGUGUGAUUAAGAUCACUGGGGACUUAACUCCUUCACGGGGGGAUGAUAUGACAAAACACACUUGCACAUGAAUCUCUGAUGAUUUUUUGUGUGCGCAUAUCAAAAUUGUCU